AUGUCAUUUGACAGGUACGUGGCCAUCUGCAAACCUUUGCAAUAUCCCGUGCUCAUGAGGAGAAGCGUCUGUCAUAUGAUGUCAGUGGGGACCUGGUUUUGGUUUACUGUACAGGCGCUGACCUGCUCCCUUUAUGUCUUGCCCCUUCCCUACUGCAAGUCCAAUGUGAUUAACCAUUACAUGUGUGAUUAUCCAGCCCUUAUUCAACUGUCUUGUUCAGAUAAUUCUGCUUUUGAAAGAACAAUCUAUGUUGGAAAUUUCCUGGUACUUCUCAUUCCCAUCUCAGUCAUCCUCAGUUCCUACAUUGCCAUCCUCCUCCAGGUCCUGAGGGUACGAUCUUCUGAAAGGAGCCACAAGGCCUUGGGAACUUGCAUGUCCCACUUGUGUGUAGUUGGGAUCUUCUAUGUGACCGCUCUUCUGACAUACAUGACACCUGCAUCUUCUUAUUCUCCCCAGGAGGCCAUGGUUAAUACUCUGUUCUUUACUGUUGUUCCUGCUGUGACAAACCCCUUCAUAUAUAGCCUGAGGAAUCGGGAUGUCUUGGCAGCUCUGAGAAAAGCCUUUGGAAAACAGAUUGCAUCAGUGACUUUAUAG